UAACAAAUUGAUAAACUAAACUAAAACGACACGUGAUGUCUUGAUCAGCCAAUAAAAAGCUACCGACAUAAGGCAAAAAUGAUCGUACCAUUAAACGUAAUCCACGUGGUUUCAGAUUACACGUGGCACCACACAAGUAUCUCCAUUUGGCCUAUAAAUAUAAACCCUUAAGCCCACAUAUCUUCUCAAUCCAUCACAAACAAAACACACAUCAAAAACGAUUUUACAAGAAAAAAAUAUCUGAAAAAUGUCAGAGACCAACAAGAAUGCCUUCCAAGCCGGUCAGGCCGCUGGCAAAGCUGAGGAGAAGAGCAAUGUUCUGCUGGACAAGGCCAAGGAUGCUGCUGCUGCAGCUGGAGCUUCCGCGCAACAGGCGGGAAAGAGUAUAUCGGAUGCGGCAGUGGGAGGUGUUAACUUCGUGAAGGACAAGACCGGCCUGAACAAGUAGCGAUCCGAGUCAACUUUGGGAGUUAUAAUUUCCCUUUUCUAAUUAAUUGUUGGGAUUUUCAAAUAAAAUUUGGGAGUCAUAAUUGAUUCUCGUACUCAUCGUACUUGUUGUUGUUUUUAGUGUUGUAAUGUUUUAAUGUUUCUUCUCCCUUUAGAUGUACUACGUUUGGAACUUUAAGUUUAAUCAACAAAAUCUAGUUUAAGUUCUAAGAACUUUGUUUUACCAUCCUCUUUUUUAUUGCACUUAAUGCUUAUAGACUUUUAUGUCCAUCCAUUUCUCAAUUCGGCUACGUUGAAUUAUAA